UAUCAGCUUUGUGAUAAUUAUUCUUUUCAGAUAAUCCAAUAGGUAUAUGGUUUAUUUAGUCUAAGAGGUAGGAGAUAUUUCUAAACUCACAAAGGAACACAAAGUUAUCCUUUAUGUUUUAAAGUUUCUGAAAAAUUCAUCCUCACCAGAUUUGGAUAGAUCACUGGACAUCGAUGAUAUGUAAGAUAUGUAAGAUCUACAUGAUGUCGAUCACUAUUAAUACCUAUGUAUUGUACAAUGAUAUGACCAGAUUAUAUACACAUUUCUACAGUAAUUAGCAAACAUAUCUGACAAAUUUACAUUUUAAAAUCCACACUCAUCUUUAAUAAUAUCAGCAUAAAAUACCAGAUAGUGAUUUCAUCAAAUAUCACAAAACGUAACAACAGCCUUUAUAAACAGCAAACAACAGUUGAAGUCAUUUAAACGGAUCAGACUCAUAUUUGCUUACAACCUGCUGUAAUCUAGAAAAUGAGAACAGAUAUGGAAACAUGGAAACUCCUACAGUAGGGAACGGCUUAGGUAAUGGAAAAGCAACCUUGGGCAUGCAACUGGUUGUGACGAUCCUGUCAGCCUCGUUGCUCCUGGCAAAUCUGUGGAGCCUGACAUCAUAAACAUGCCAUUUCAUAGAGAGGACAUCUGUUAUCUGUCUUCUAAGAAGUUGUGAAAUUGUCAUGUCCUGCAUGACAGCUGGUGUAUGAUGAAGCAUCAGUAAACACAUUUGGCGUGAUACACCUGCAGAUAGGCUUUUUUUUUUAUUAAGUAUUUGGAAAAAAGAAUGUUUUUAACUUGCUGCUAAAGAAGGAUUCACGUCUGUUCUUUCCUUGAAACCUCUCUCAGUAAACUGACAGAUGGAUUCUUUUUCCCUUUGGACUUCCUUCAUCACCCUUCACUGUUUUCCUCAUUAGCAUGUUUUUAUUCCCCUCAAAUGCACUUUCCACUUCCUUUGCCAACAAGUAUUUUACCCUGUUACUAUUCAGCACGCAGCACUCAUUCCAACCCGGACUCACAACGAGAGCAGAUAAACAGGAAUUAUUUGGAGACCUAGCACUGAUUUGAGCUGAACAAUUUCAAAGCAAAUAAAUAAUACUAAGCUAGUGCUACUUUCUUAGGACGUCUUUGGAAGUGUAUUGCUGUGAGAUUGGCAGCCAACAUGCUCACUUUCCCCAGAAGGAAAGUGCCCAAGUCAACUAUUCUGGACCCCAAACUCUACUACCUCCUCCUAAAUCUCUUUUUUAGUGUAACAGCUUGGCCACAUGGGGAUAACUGCCCAAGCUCUGAGUGGAGCGUCAUGUGCCGUCCAUGUUGUGAGUACCACCUGAUCCAGUGUCGGUGUCCCUCAAAAGGGUCAAGGGUCGGCUACACUGUCCCCUGCUGCCGCAAUGUUCUGGAUCAGUGUGACCCCUGUAUCAUUCACCCAGGCUGCAGUCUGUUUGAGAACUGUAAAACCUGCCACAAUGGAACAUGGAAAGCCAAUGACGACUUCUUUGUCAAUGGAAAGUAUUGUACAGAGUGUCGCCGAGGCUGGAGUGGAGGGGACUGUAGAAUAUGUGGAGGCAUCAUUCAGCGGGCCCAGGGUGUCAUAGCCAUGGAGAGUUACCCAAUAAACGCCCGGUGUGAAUGGACAGUGCAAGUGGAGAGGGACAGCACCAUCGAGCUGAGGUUUUCACUGCUCAGUCUGGAGUCUGACCAUAACUGUCGUUCUGACUAUGUUGAGGUGCGUGACGGCAGCGACCUGAGCUCCCCUGUGAUUGGCCGGUUUUGUGGGGAUCAGCUGCCCUCUCCAAUAAAAAGCUCUGGGAACCUCUUGCACAUCCUGUUCACCUCAGAUGGCUACAGCAACUUUGAUGGCUUUGUUCUUACUUUUCAGGAAAGUUCAGCCAUCAAGAAUCCAGUGUGUGCACCUCCAGAACAACCGGUGAAUGGAUAUUUUCUGCCUGUAUAUGGACCAAAGCAGGAGCUUGUAGCUGCAAACUACCGGUGUCAUCCACCUUUUACACUGAUCGGCUCCCAGCAGAGGAUUUGCCUGCAUAAUAGCAUGUGGAGUGGCACAGUUCCCACAUGUAUUAAAGGCCAAACAAGCAGAGCCCGGUGUUCCCCUCCACCCAAAUUGCUCAAUGGCUACCACAGACCUGCUCCUGACACAACUGGGGGUGCAAAGGCCAUUGGGUUUUUCUGUAAAAAUUCCUUCAUUCUGACUGGAAACCAUCAGAGUACCUGCCUCUCUAAUGGAUCCUGGAGUAGCAGGCCACCCCAGUGUGUGAAAGCAUGUCGAGAGCCCAGCGUUUCUGGACUUGUCCGACAAAGUGUUCUGAAGCCCCAUCUGAUAUCAAGAGAGAAUCCAGAUCAAAGAAACCAUCUCUCAUCCAGGUACAGCAUGGAAGAUUUGUCGUCAGCUGGUUUUAUUCCACUCAUAUUGGAUAAACAGUCAAAAAAAGACAACACCGCCUUUGGGGAGCUUCCUCGUGGCCUCCACCCAGUCCACACAAGCAUUGACUACAAGUGUGCUUCACCACUCUACCGCCACACAGGAAGCUCCCGACGCACCUGUCUGAAGUCUGGCAGGUGGAGUGGACGCCAUGUUUCCUGCUCACCAGUUUGUGGCAAAUUAGACACUUCCAGUCGACACAACCUCACAGACACACUGUGGCCUUGGCAUGCAGCCGUCUAUAUCCGGUCACCUCCUGAUCAUACUGCCAGCACCUACAGGCCCCGUGGAGUAACCAUGUCUAUCCAGCAGGGGGACUCAGAGGAAUCCACAUUCUGGCACCUUGCCUGCAGUGGGGCUCUGCUCACCCAGCGUGGCGUCCUGGUGGCAGCUCAGUGUGUGGUAGACAAGGACAAGCAGCAGACCCUUCACCCAGCACAUGUGAAGGUUGUCAUAGGCAUGCAGUACCAGACAUCUAAGAACCGGCUGAAAAGGCUGCACCACCACAGGGUUUCAGACAUUUUAGUCCAUCCAGAUUUUUACUCCGCCCCCGACUCCAAUGUGGCUGUGCUCAAGCUAAAAGACAAGGUCAAGAUCAAUGAGCAUGUGUUGCCAGUGUGUCUACCCAGAGUGCAAGGUGGAGAGGUGACCGCACAGGAGGCUUACACUGCAAGGUGGAUUUUACCAAACGAUCACAGGCACCUGAGCCGCUACACUCCCCCGAGCCAGACGAGACUUGUUGAGUUGGGUGAUGUCGUUCAGUGCGAAAGAGAAUUUGCUCAAGGAGGAGUGCAUACUACAGUGAUCAGUGACAAUACACUGUGUGUCAUUAGGAAGCCGUCCAGUCCUCAACGCCCUUGUCCUAAUGUGAUUCCAGGGAUCACAACCAUGCCAGCUGUGUUUGUUUCCACAAGUGGUGUCUUGUUGGGUCGCGAGGAGACUCAGGGAGCCGCCAGCUCAGGCUGGCAGCUUCUUGGUUUAGAGAGCUUCAGCUAUAUGGAAGAGAACUGCCACCAACAGACUUACACAGUUCAGACACGAAUAGCCAACUUCCGAGACUGGAUAGAGAAAAACAUGCAGUAGAUUUUUUUUUUUUGUUCAGUAUAUCAUGAGAAGGUGAUUUUCUCAGCUUAAAUCUGAAAUUCUUUUAUUUCCAGUUUGAUAAAUCUCCCAGUGGAAAUGGUGGAGAUAGAGCAGAUAGUAAUAACAUAACAUUUGCGGUGAUAAUUCUGUACCUGCUAUCUGUGUUAAUAUCAUGUAAGAACUGUUUUCCUGGCUCUACUUGGAUCUCGUAUGUGUGCAUGUUAUUGUUCUGUAUUUGGGCCACCUCCACUUCAAACAACUCAACGUGAGCUGGUUAAGAAAUACACCCACAUACUCAUGAGCUUUGAAUGUUACCUUAUCAUUGUGAGGUGUAUUUUUCACAAUCUUGAAGAUAAAGACUGCUCUAUAAAAAAAAAUAAAGAAAUCCACCAGAUGCCAUUUUGAGUCUUUGAUGAACUGCAAUCCACCCAGCUGGAACUAUUUUAAAUUGAGUUAAUGACGUUAUCACUGGCAAGAUAGAAUUCUAUACGUCUAGAUCCAAGCUUAAAACCCAAAGUUGUUUUUAUUUUCUCAUUUAAUUUCUGCUUCAGUCCUUUACUUUUGCGUUAUU